GCGUCGUCAAUGGGAAGGGAACGCCGCGUUGAAAAAGCGCUCAGUGUUUAACCAACUUUCAACUGCACCAUGGUUUGCACUUCAGUUUCGUUUUUGUGGACUAUAUUUUGCCUUCAUUUAUGUUUUUGUGUGAACACUGGAAUAGCACAGAACACAAGAGAGGUGAUCCUUUUGGAUUCAAAGGCGCAGCAGACAGAAUUGGAAUGGAUAUCCUCUCCUCCAAGCGGGUGGGAAGAGAUCAGUGGCUUGGAUGAAAACUACACACCCAUUCGCACAUACCAGGUAUGCCAGGUCAUGGAGCCAAAUCAGAACAACUGGCUACGGACUAACUGGAUUGAAAAGGGCGAUGCUCAGAGGAUUUUUGUGGAGCUGAAGUUUACCUUGAGGGAUUGUAACAGCCUUCCAGGGGUGGUUGGCUCUUGCAAGGAGACGUUUAACUUGUACUACCAGGAAACCGAUGUGGAGGUGGGCAGGAAUAUAAGGGAGAAUCAAUAUGUGAAAAUUGACACUAUAGCUGCAGAUGAGAGUUUCACUCAGGGCGACCUGGGGGAAAGAAAGAUGAAGCUGAACACGGAGGUGCGUAUAAUAGGUCCUCUCUCCCGCCGAGGCUUCUACCUGGCUUUUCAGGAUGUCGGGGCCUGCAUCGCUUUGGUCUCCGUCAAAGUUUAUUACAAGAAGUGUUGGUCAAUUAUUGAGAACCUGGCCACGUUCCCAGAUACGGUGACAGGGUCAGAGUUUUCAUCACUGGUGGAAGUGGAGGGCACAUGCGUCAACGAUGCAGAGGAGGAGGCGGACAACUCUCCCAAAAUGCAUUGCAGUGCAGAAGGAGAGUGGCUAGUACCCAUUGGGAAAUGUAUAUGCAAAGCUGGAUUUCACCAGAAGGGAGAUGCAUGUGAACCCUGUGGUCGUGGAUUCUACAAGUCUUCAUCUCAGGAUCUUCAGUGUUCCCGUUGUCCUGCACACAGUUAUAAUGACAGAGAGGGCUCGUGGAGAUGUGACUGUGAGGACGGCUACUAUAGAGCCUUCUCGGACCCCCCUUCUGUCGCCUGCACCAGGCCACCAUCAGCUCCUCAGAACCUGCUUUACAACAUCAACCACACCACCGUCAGCCUGGAAUGGACCCCGCCAGCCGACACAGGCGGUCGCAACGAUGUGACGUACCGGAUUAUCUGCCGGCGAUGCACCUGGGAGCCAGAAGAGUGCUUCACUUGUGGGAGCAAUGUUGGCUUCUCGCCACAGCAGAGUGGAUUAACGGACACCUACGUCACCAUUACUGACCUCUUAUCUCACGCAAACUACACCUUUGAGGUGGAGGCUGUGAACGGCGUGUCCGAUCUCAGCCGUACCCAGCGACUGUUUGCUGCUGUCAGCAUCGCCACCAGCCAAGCAGCCCCAUCUCAGGUGAGCGAGGUGAUAAAGGAGCGAGUCCAGCAGCAUAGUGUUCAGCUCUCCUGGCAGGAGCCAGAGCAGCCCAACGGCGUCAUCACCGAAUACGAGAUCAAGUACUAUGAGAAAGACCAGAAGGAUCGCAUUUAUUCCACCGUCAAGUCAAAGUCGACUUCAGCCACAGUCAACAAUCUGAAGCCAAGCACAGCGUAUGUCUUUCAGAUCAGGGCGUUCACUGCCGCAGGAUACGGCACAUUCGGUCCCAGACUUGAAGUCACCACCAAGGAAGAAUCCGCUGGAUCUGCUACAGUCAUAUCAAGUGAGCAAAACCCGGUCAUCAUCAUUGCAGUGGUGGCGGUGGCCGGUACCAUCAUCCUGGUCUUCAUGGUUUUUGGUUUCAUCAUAGGGAGAAGGCACUGUGGUUACAGCAAGGCAGAUCAGGAAGGGGACGAGGAGCUCUACUUUCAAUUUAAAUUUCCAGGCACCAAAACCUACAUUGACCCUGAAACCUACGAGGACCCAAACAGGGCUGUCCAUCAGUUUGCCAAGGAGCUGGAUGCAUCUUGCAUUAAGAUUGAGAGGGUUAUCGGCGCAGGAGAGUUUGGAGAGGUGUGCAGCGGACGGCUGAAGCUGCCAGGAAAGAGGGAUGUGUCCGUGGCCAUUAAAACGCUGAAAGUAGGCUAUACUGAGAAACAAAGGCGGGAAUUCCUGUGUGAGGCCAGCAUCAUGGGCCAGUUUGAUCAUCCAAAUGUGGUCCAUCUGGAGGGUGUGGUCACCAGAGGAAAACCAGUCAUGAUAGUAAUUGAAUACAUGGAAAAUGGCUCAUUAGAUGCCUUCCUCAGGAAACAUGAUGGGCAGUUCACUGUUAUUCAGCUGGUGGGAAUGUUGCGCGGCAUUGCAGCAGGGAUGAGAUACCUUUCAGACAUGGGCUACGUUCAUCGCGAUCUGGCGGCGCGAAACAUCCUUGUCAACAGCAAUCUCGUAUGUAAAGUGUCCGACUUCGGCCUGUCCAGAGUGAUUGACGACGAUCCUGAGGCUGUCUACACAACGACGGGUGGUAAGAUCCCAGUCCGGUGGACAGCAAUGGAAGCCAUCCAAUACCGUAAAUUCACAUCAGCCAGUGAUGUAUGGAGCUAUGGGAUUGUCAUGUGGGAGGUCAUGUCCUAUGGGGAGCGACCUUACUGGGACAUGUCCAAUCAAGAUGUCAUAAAGGCUAUUGAGGAGGGAUAUCGUCUUCCCGCCCCCAUGGACUGCCCUCCUGGCCUCCAUCAGCUCAUGCUGGACUGCUGGCAGAAAGACAGAGCAGACCGACCCAAAUUUGAUCAGAUUGUCGGUAUCCUGGACAAAAUGAUCCGCAACCCCAACACACUAAAAACACCAAUGGGAACGUGUACACGACCCAUAAGCCCUCUGCUAGACCAGAACACUCCAGAUUUCACCACUUUCCGAUUGGUCAGCGAGUGGCUGGAAGCCAUUAAGAUGGAGAGAUACAUAGACAACUUCACAGCUGCCGGAUACAGCUCACUUGAAUCAGUGGCUAGAAUGACUAUUGAGGAUGUAAUGAGUUUGGGAAUUUCAUUGGUGGGCCAUCAGAAGAAGAUCAUGAGCAGUAUACAGACAAUGAGAGCUCAGAUGCUGCAUCUUCAUGGAACGGGUGUUCAAGUGUGAUGGGCGCCAACAGACCUACGGAUCCGUUGAAUCCAAACUCUCCAGGACAGCACCGCGGAGUGUGUGACCAGUGAUUAUCACAGCAAAAAAUAUAAAAAAAUGAAUCAACAACAAAGUAAAAACCCGCCACACCCUUUCAAGGUGCUUAACCUUCCAGAACUGGCAGAAUUGAAUAAUUCCUUUGUUUUUGGCAAAGGAUUUUGGUCAAGGUGCUGGAAACCAAGAGACGGAGAGAUCAGGCGAUAGAAUCCUACAUGGACAAUGAACUCUAAAUGCUCUGACGAACUCACCACAACAUGUUGAGAUGGAGCAUUUUAGAGGAUUUUUAUGCUUUGUAUGGACUGUCUUGGAUGAAUGUUUGAUUUGCUCAUAGUUGGUAUAGACUUCACAUGUUUUUUGUUUUUUUUUUUAAUAAAAGGGUGAAUAUAAAAAAAAGCAAAUCCAGAGAGAUUUAAUUUGUUUUGAUUUGUAAUAACCACAUUAAGACGAUGUGGUACAUUACUCUUCUACUCAAUUUUUGCUAGCUGGUUUUCUUGGAUUGUUACGGAAUUGACAACAGGGUAAAAUGUCUCAUGUGGAGGGAAAAAGACAGAACCAGAGGCUGAACGUCGACAGAGGAGGUUUGUCUUCUCCAGCCAGCACUAUUUACGUAAAGAUUUUUCCAGAUGGAAGCAUUGGUAGUGAGACCUAGUCUUUUAUAUCAAGUAGAUAUAUCCAACCGCUUUAUACACACAUGGUUAUAUGAAGCUCCUUAGAGUGUUUUUUGGUUUUUCUAUUUUGCUGAUCCUACAUGACAAUAAAGAUGUGAAUUAGUACAAAGACAACUGAGAACAAUUUCAGGUGGAUUCUUUAUGUACGAACAACAAUUAUGGUGGCAAUAUUCUUUUUAAGUUUAUAUUUACCACAUGAAUGGAUUUGAUCUUAUCAGUGCUGUUGUUGAAUGUGUCCUUUUUUAAUAAUUACAUUAUUUAACAUAAACGCAUGUUUCCAUAAAGACAGACAAAAACAAACAAAGAUGUUUAGGCUGUUUUUUUUUUUUUUUUGUUGUUUUUUAUUUUUUUAUUUUUUGGUUAAGUUUAUUCCUAGCGGGAGACUGACUUUUAAAAUCAUAAUGUUGUGUUGUGUAGUAAUACUGCCUUAAAAAAGUCAACUAUUGCUCUUGUUUUUAGGUAUUUAGAUUCUUUGUGAGAUCAUGGCUGAGCUGGGGAGAGACUGACCCAUAUGAGCAAUAAUUACUCAAGGCUGAGACUUAUUUGAGAUCCUGUAUAGACUUUUACUCAUGUACUGCUUUGAAGUUACUUAUCAGCAGCAGUGUUUUGGAAUUUGGCAAGUUAGAAAUGAUAAAUAUAUAUAUAUAGGGUUUCUUCACCCAGCCUGUACUAUUUGUGUAUUUCUUUCACCCAUUCUGUUGUGUUGAGCUCAAAGAUGAGGAACAGGCUUUUUCCCCCUCGAAUAUGUUUUUAAGCUAAACUUAUAGUGCCAUAACAGCCUGUCACUCUUACAAUUGAAUGUUGUGUUAAAUUUGUCAGUUGAAUCCUUCUGUUGUCAUUUUACUUAUAAAAAAUAUUGUUGAUACUUUUUGGUUUGAUUUGCUGGGCUGCUGUUAAAUUCUCCAAAUUCUUUAUGUGUGUAUAUAUGUGUGUGUGUCUCUCCUGGAUCAUAUCAUGCCCUGGUUAGAGGCCUAUCUCUGAUCCACUCUCCAUUCAUCUUGCUAACCUCAGCAUUGAGUCCAUGCCAGGCCUUUGAAUUGAAUGCGAGCGGAAAGGCUCUUGGUCAGCACAAAUCUCCCAAGCUUCAGCGGUAGCUGCAGCCACUCAGAUCACUCUCCCCAUGCUCUGAUCUCACACUCCGGACCUCCCAGGGGCCCAUGCAUGCCCUUACCCUCUCCGUACGGAUCCAGGGCCCCUGUAGAGAUAUCAAUUUGAGCCAAUUUGAGAUUAAUGCCUGGAUUCAAUCAAUCCCACACUUAGGCCAUCAUACGGGUCAAUGACAAAUCUGUCAAUUUGUCUUCUUUUUCUGCUUUGUGCUAUUUCUAACUUUUCUGGUUUGAUAGUAGCAGAGUCUUUGUCAAGACAGUUUGUGCUGUGGAUUGAUUGAUUUCAUGGUGCACCAGGGUAUCAUAUUGAAGAGUUAGAGAAAGACAUUAAGAAAAUAUAGAGACCCCACCUAGAAGAAACUGAAAUGGAAUAUUCCAAAGAGUUCAGCACUGUUGAUUGUGUCAGAGUAAUCACAAAACCAGAGGACAAUUUGUAUAUGUUCUAAGUGCAAAACUUGUAUAUUUUAUUUAUAAUUGUUGUUUAUUUUCUUUAUUUCACACUCAUUUACUCUGUAGUGAGCUCAUUGAAAAUGCACUAUAUUUUUCUAUCUCACAUGCAAAUAAUUAUUAUCACCCUCACUAUUUCAGUUGUACAUAAUUUCUCAUUUAGGACCAAAAAGAGCUAUUUUAGGAAUUUUUUUUUUGUUUUUUUUUUAUUUUAUUUUUUACAUUUUCUCUUUUAGGUUGAAAAUAUACUGUUCUUUUUUUAUUAUUAUUUUUAUUUUUUAUUUUAUGCAUUAUUUAUUUUUCUGUGACAAGAGUGGAGAGUAUUCAUUGGUCAAAAAAGUAUUUUCCCCAACUGAGUAACUGAAUGGUCAUUUAGCUAGACAAUUUCUUGUUGCAUAGACUAUUUGUUUUUUCUUUUUGCUUUGUAACCUUUGUAAUAGA